UCAAGGCAGCCAACAUGGCUGCUGCUCGCUUACCCGAUGGUUCCUUGUGAUCGUGUCCAAAAAACGAAAUGCUCAGAUGGAUGUUGGACCUUUGUUGAAGUUGGACGAGCAAAAUUGAGUACAAAACCUACACUACUAAGAUGCAAGGUGACGACAAAAGAAGCGACCUGUUUCUUGGCCAAGGGAACUCUGGGACUUGGGAUACGCGGCCAGGCUCAGAUUCGCGAGAGGCCGGGAACGUGUCGGCGGCAUGGACGUCUGGCACAGCCUUGGCGCAGAAUUCCUGCCGGAACCCCUGUGAAAGGGGCAUGGGUGGGGAGGACAUGGUAUGGACUGGGGAUGAAGCAUCUGUGAUACACCGCUCAAGCAGCCUGGGGGGCCAGUGUGCUUCCACAGGGCCCAGCAAUAGUCAGCCGGGCCCUCGACACAAUAGGGGCACCUCUGCAGCCUCCUCAUCCUCCUGGGCUGUCCACCGCCAGGGAAACCCUGGAAAACCUGGAGUUGUCAGGGAAAUUGGCAGUUCCGGAAAACCCUCCAACGACAGCACCUCAGAAGGUGCAGACCAGUUACUGGGCGCUGUUGGGGGAUCUGAGGAGGCAACGUCACAACCCUCGUCGCAUCCGCCACAAUCGUCGCGCAACUGUCGGCCUCCACGCCUCGGCCUGCUGGGCGGAGGCGAAAGCUCGCUCAACAACGGCGCCGCGGCUCCAGCCACAGGCUGGGGUGCGCCGCCACCUGGACCCCAGGGGGGCUGGGGCUCCGGGGCAGCCCAGUGGGGCGGUGCUGCAAGCACGCGUGGGCCCGAAUAUGCUACCGGUGGGCCAAAUGCCGGUGGGGAUGCAGGUGGUGCAAGCUCCCCGACCAAGCCGACAGCAGCAGCAGCAGCAGCGGCAGCAGCAAGCAGCUGGGGUCAGGGCACCGUCACCAAGGGUGCCGAAGCAUCGGACCCCAAGAGCACCACAGUGGCCACACGCAACGUCUUGGAAGAGCCGAUGUCGGAACUGCGACGAAUGGCGGCUUUCAGCGAGGGUUGGGGCCAGUCGCCUAUAAACCAAGAGACGCCCUGGGAUGUGCCGAUGUCGCCAGGGACCAAAGAGCCACCCACGGGGGCACCUUGGAGGGCACCCGUCAACAACGGCACCGAGGUCUGGGAGAACAACAUGCGUAGUGCAAGAGCCGGUGGCAACAAGCAGCCCAACCCACCUCAGUCAGCACAGGGUUCAAGCCAGUGCUCUCAGCAGCAGCCUUGGGGCAGCCACACCCCGACCAGCCACAUUGGGGGAACCUGGGGCGAGGAGGAUGAGCCGCCUCCUUCGAACAUGUGGACCGGUGUGCCGACCCCGUCCCAGCAAGGUGGCCCCCGCCCCCCGCCCGAGGGCCCUCCCUCGUGGGGCGGGGAGCACCACCGAGGAGGUGGCGGUGGCGGAGGCGGAGGAGAAAAGCACUGGAGUGGCGGGCCGCCCCCUCCCCCAGGUUCCAGUUGGGGUGGGCCCGACGACCGUGACUCACAGGGCCGCGUCUGGGGUGGUGGCCGGCCGUCGCACAGCAUGGACGACGGCCCCAGUGGCGCAUGGGGCGGCGGGCCCAAGGGGGCCGGGCCCCCUCCCAGUGUGGGGACCUGGUCGCCCGUGGGCGGACCCAAUGGCAAGCGAGAGCCGUCUGGCUGGGAGGAACCAUCACCACCGCCGUCGCGUAGGCCAGUGACCAACUAUGAUGACGGCACUGCCCUUUGGGGCAAUCCUACGCGACAGGGCAAGGUGGGUUCUGCGGUGUCACACUGGAAGGACAUGCCUUCGGUGAAGUCUAUCUGCAGUGGAGGUGGUGCUCCACCGGGCAUGCUGCGGAUGCCAAAGGAAGGAGUGUGGGGCGGCGGAGGCGGAGGCAACAAGGGCCCUCGCGGAGGCAAUGGCGCCAACUGGGGAGACUCCAGCUGGGAGGACCAUAACAAGGGCGCCUGGGGCAGUGCCCCUCCUGACCAGGCGUACUGGGCCUCCAAGCCCAAGCCUUCAUGGGCCGACGGGCAAAUCGACACCUCUACCUGGGGUGGGCCUGCUAAACAGGGUGGCAAACCUCUGACCAAGGACCUCAUCUAUGCCAGUAAGCAGUUCCGUAUCCUAACCGAUAUGGGAUUCAAGAAGGAAGAUGUAGAGAAUGCUCUGCGCAUCAACCAAAUGAACAUCGAGGACACCCUAAUCGACUUGAGGACCAUGGCCACCAGGGGAAAUGGCAGUCAGGACUCGGGCCUUUUGGAUGGCUCGGACUGUGGCUUCCCCGUCGGGGGUCGUCCCAAGAUGCGCCCAGACGACGACUCCCAUGGCCCACUGGGGGAGCCGCCCUUUCCGGGCUUCCACGCUGCAGGCGGCUUCCAAGGGCUGCCGGUGUUUGGUGCUGGCUAUGGUGGUGGGCAGGGCUUCAAGCCUCCACAGGUCAAGGGCUCCAACCAGGGGUCCAACGCUCCAGCUAGUCUACUUAACAGCACGGGGAUGGGCGGGCAGAACUCUAGUCUCACCGUAGGAAACAGUAUUAGCAGCCUCAGCCCAGCCCUCGUGCAGAAGAUUCUCCAGCAGCAACAGCAGCAACACUUUCCCGGAAAUGCUGGCGGUCCAGCCGGCAUCGGGGCUCGCCUGGGCCAGCCAAACGUGCCGUCUGCAACACAGCUGCGUCUCCUGGUGCAACAGAUACAGAUGGCGGUGCACGCUGGACACCUCAACCCACAGAUUCUGAACCAGCCGCUGGCCCCGCAGACCCUCCAGCUGCUGUACCAGCUGUUGCAGCAGAUCAAGGUUCUGCACGCACUGCAGCAGCAGAAUCAAAUUGUGCACAAGGGCCCGCCCAACAACCCACUGCAGGUCAGCGUGCAGCUGACGCAGACCAAGCAGCGCAUCCUGAACCUGCAGAACCAGAUUGCUGCUCAGCAGGCACUCUUCCUCAAGCAGCAGCUGCCUCCACCUCCGCAGCCCCCGCAGCAGGCCCCACCUCAUGUUCCGCCACCUCCCACCGGACUGGGCUGCCCGCCAACACCGCAGGACUUCCUCGGAGCCGGCAAGCCCGGUGGUGCCGAGGGCCUGCACUCUGACUUCCGUGACCUGAACCUCAAGGACGCUGUGUCGCAGCAACAGCAGCACCAACAGCAGCAGCAGCAGUCGCGCCUCAACCAGUGGAAGCUGCCAUCGAGCCUCGAUGAAGAGAACAAGGCCCCACAGCAGAACGGCGGCGGCGACUUCAGCAGGGCACCAGGCCCCGCCUCCAAGGCCGGCAGCCUCUCAUCAUUCCUCGGUGGUGCCGACGGACCGUGGUCCUCAGGGGCCUGUUCUCAGGACGGCUGGCCCGAGGCACCACCCACCACCAGCUGCGCAGGCGGCACCUCCUCUCCUGGCGAGGGCAAGGACUCUGGCGUCGGUGGCUACAGCCUGAGCGACCUGGUGGCUGAAUUUGAGCCCGGCAAGCCGUGGAAGGGCGCUUCUGCCCUCAAGAGUGCAGAGGAUGACCCACAUCUGACACCAGGGAGCGUGGUGCGCUCACCCCUGUCGGUGAACACCAUCAAGGACUCGGAGCUGUUUGGUGGCAGCUGGAAGCAGAGUCCGCCGGGAGGGGAGGGCUCGCUCGUCGCCUCUCUGGCCUCGCUGACUUCCAGCACGUGGGCAUUCACUCCAGCCAUGCACGGGAGUGGAAAUGGAAGUGGCGGGGGCUCAUCCAAAGGCAAUGCUUCCAAGAGCAGUUGGGGUGGCAGCUCGGAGCAUCAGGCGCCGACAGACCCGUGGAACGUGGGGCCCAAGACUCGUGGCCCGCCACCCGGCCUCUCCUCGGGCUGGGACCAGCAGCCAGGCUCCGGCUCCAGCUUCCUCAUGCUCCGGAACCUCACCCAGCAGAUAGACGGCUCGACGCUCAAGACGCUGUGCAUGCAGCACGGACCUCUGCAGCUCUUCCACCUGUACCUCAAGCACGGGCUGGCCCUGGUGCAGUACGCGUCACGCGAGGAGGCCGCCAAGGCCCAGUCUGCGCUGCACAACUGCGUCCUCUCCAACACCACCAUGAUGGCCUACAUCCCGUCCGAGUCGGAGGUGGCACAGUUCCUGCAGCUCGGCAGCAGCCAAGGGCAGCACCCCUCGUCGCAGCCGCAGCAGCACCAGCAGCAGAUGGCCUGGGGUGCCCCCACGAACGCCUACCACCAGCCGCCGCAGCGCCCGCCCCUGCAGUAUGCGCCUGGUCGCCCCAGCAAGCAGCCCACGGAGCCGUGGAACACCACGGCCCCGCCCCCGGUGUCGUCGGCUGCAGCCGUUUCGUCGUCCAACGCCAGCCACCUGUGGUCCUUCCCCGGGUCCGGCAGCGGGCUCUGGGCUGCGCCUCAGACAAGCCAGGCCGGCGGGGUGGGUGGCUCCAACCAGAUGGACCACGACCACGGAGGCCCUGGAGUGCCCCAGUCCUCGCUCAACUCUUUCCUGCCUGGUGACCUGCUCAGCGGCGAGUCCAUCUGAGUGACGACCCCCCUUUCCUCGCGGCAGCGAAAAAAACCUGCAACUACUACAGUGACGACGAAGGAGGAGGAUGAGCAGCGCGCGUGAGCCGGUGCCUUGCCGGCCCCUUUUGUGAUAACCGCUUCUGUGUGGGGGGUGCUGGGCCGGAGCCCUUGCCCCGCAAGCGGCGGGACUCGGCGUGCCGCGUGCCGCCUGGGUCUGUGUGUGUGUGCAUGUGCAUUCAUCGGUCUAGCGUCGUGUGCAUGUCCCCUCCCCCCCCCCACUAUCAUGCCCCCUCUGCCACAACCCCAUUCCCUCUGCCGCCGCUGCGCGCCGAAUGCCAAAACGACACAGACCGGCCUUUAUGAUUGUUUUCUUUUUUUUUUCUUUCUUUUCAGUCUCGUUUUGUCGCGUGUAUGUGUGUGCGCAUGUGUGAUUGUGUUAUGCUUGCCUGUCGCGAGUGGGAAAGUCAAUCAAGAUGAAAAAAAUAGUAUAUACACACACACAUAAAAUAUAUAUAUAUAUAUUGAUAUUACACAUAUAUAUUAUAUAUAUAUAUUGACCACCUUUUACACGUGACUAAGAAUGUAAGAAAAAAAAAAUGGGGGAAAAAUCCAAAAAAAAAAAAGAGAAGAAACAGAGAGGUAACUACAAGAGAACACUGCUCUUCUGCACAACGUGUCUAUUCAGUUUUUUUUUUUACCGUUGACGAAGUUUGUCUUCUGGCAUGCACAAGUGGGGGAGGGUGUCUGUCAGCGGCGUGCGACGACUGCCAAAGUGUGAUACCUUCAUGGACAGAAUUUUUUGUGUGAACAUUGUUUUUAUUAUCUGUGUUGCAGUAGUAGUCACCAUUCGCACUGCUGCUAAUGUUUUUUUUCCUUCGUGGGUCGCUUGUUUGUUUAUGUUUAUUUUUUUGCCCCGCCCUCAAUUGCUCGAUGCCCAUGUGCCGAAUCAACGAUUUCUGCCACAACAUUGUUGCAGUCGGUCACCAGGGGGCGCCAUGCACGGUGCACCAUCGCCAUCGGCAGAGAACAAGAAGCGACCUCUGUGGAUGGAUGCGAUCUCCGUAAUGUCUGGCCACCGGAACCCCGUGACAGAACUGCGGUGCUGCAAUGUUUUGCCUUGUCCCACUGCAAUGCGAGGCGCAGAAGUCUGGGCUGGGCGGGCUUGCCUCUGUUGAAAACCAAAAAAAAACCACAAAGAUAAUGAAGUGCCAGAUUUAUUGCCGUAGCUCCUCGUUGGGACAAAUUUUACGUUUAAGAGGCAGCAGGCAUUGCUGAAAAGAAGCCUUAGAAACAGCAAACGUGAGCGCCUCUCUGGCCGUGCCUACUGGGCUCAGAAGACGUGCUGUCGUUUUGUCUCUCUCCGUGUGUGCAAACUCUCGCCCGAUGUAUCGGGAGACUAGUGUUCUUCAGGGGUUGGCAUGGUGCUGGACCCCAUCAGCCAUCCUACACAGGGCUCUGUUGACUUUUCUUUUUUUCUUCUUCUGGUAUUUUUCUUCGCAAGGGUCGCCUGGUUACUCGAUCUCGUCCUCUGAGUGCAAGGUGGAGCUGUGGUAGGCCGGCAUGUCACUGCAUCGGCAGCGGGCAGUGUGUGCGUACCGCACCAACAUAUCCGAGCAUGCAGGGCACAACCGUGUUCACCCAGUCAUGCAUGACAUUUGCAAUAACGUGGGGUGGGGGCUAUCAAUAGCAAAGCGUUGUUCCUCUCUUCAAUCCCGUCCUCUGCUUUUUCUCGUAUUCACAGGUCGUUCCCGGGUGCAUGGUUGUUUUUGCGAGAGGUUGACCUCUCCACGUUUUUCCUUCGGUUACUCAUUGCAAUUCCCGUGCAACCUGCGGUGCACUGCAACACGCCGCCGCUGCCCUGGCAACGAGCUCCCACCUCCCGUUUAUGUAGAGACGGAAGAAGCUUGGAAGGGUCUUCACAUAUCUCAACUCUCAGAAGCGAGGCUCGCUCCCGAGCGUCCUCAUCUGGCCGCUGUUGCAAAGUCUCCCUUUGGUCGGCGACUUCUCUCCUCUCGUAAGUGCGGCCUCUUUUCGUAUUUUGUUUUUCUUUCUUUCUUUCUUUUACCUCUCUACCUGAGAGGGCGGCCCUGUUCACCAGAAUGCGCACAUUGUCGGCUCCACUCCGCUUGCCGAGGGUUGCCUUCCCUUCUUGUGACGCAUCAGUAGCUCAAGCCCUCUUCCAGCCACUCGCCCUGCCCGCAUCAGCGGGGCUUCGAGGGGCCGGGAAAGGAGGGGGCGCCAUUGGUAUAGACUCCCCCUUUUUCGCAAAUGCAGGGGCUCCAACUCGUACCCCCCCCCCCCCCCCUCUUGCGCCCCUCCCUAAUCUCUCCCGAUUCCCACAAAGUGCUUCAGGGUGUGGAGUGUUGAGGUGGAGGAGAGGGGGGGGGGGGGGAAGAACACACACAAGGCCCAACAUCUCUCUCUCUAUAUAUAUAUAUACAUAUAUAUACUAGCGCAAUGCCUCUUCUCAGGCACACUGGUGUGGCAAUCUAUGCAUCUUGUGCGCAAACGUGCAAUACAUCUUCUGACCUGGUCUGUGUUAUUUUUUCCCCCAAUGUCAGGGCUGGCAAAACUUAACGCUGUAGAAGUGAGGAGGAAAAAAAAUGUAUUGAAGUCUAGCACAAUCCCUGCACUCAACUUUUUUUCCCCCUCUCUCUGCGUUCUGGUAUUUCCGCGUUGCAGUCCGUGCCAGCAGUGAGGCCACCUUUUUUACACCUGCGAUGCCUCGCCCUUCUUGAGUUCGUCGACUCUUGACUGUCCUCUUAAAUCUGUGUGCCGGCUCAUGGUUGCACCACAUUAAUCUGAUGUUCCAGGAGUCCGUUGUGAAGAUUGCAGAGCAGCUUUAUGUCACAGGCAAAGGACAGCAGUAUGUUUUGUGUGCAGUUUUCAAGUCCUCGUUGUUUCUUUUGGUGCUUUCAUUUCUUUCGGGUCACAGUGGCUGUGCAUAGCCUUUCCGUCUGACUUGGUUAUUGGGCAGCUCUUGAUGCCAGGAGACAUCUUAAAGUGUUUCUCCGCUUCUCUCCCUUUCUGUGUACUUAAAGUGAUGACUGCUUGUAAACUUGUGGCCAGCUAGUGUGGUUACUUCAGUUUUUUACCUUACCACGUCUCCUAAUCUUGCAUGCACCAUUGUCUCUCUAAGUGGUCCUUUGAUCUUUUUAACGUCCCUGAAGCCAGCGAUCAAAAUGGUUGACUUCUUGUUUUGUUAUCUCUGUUUCUUGUCUUGUGCGCUGUCUCUUGACGUAGCAGUUGGUGUUCGCAUCUGCCUCGGACAUCUCUCUUUCUGCUCGCACGCGGCUAUUCUCUGUUCCUUUGCUGCGAGUGUUUCAAUGAGUCGCUCGAGCUUCUUGUCUUUCUGAAGUUCACAUCGCGUUUGUCUUCGUUUGUUCUUAAAACUUUUUUUGUCUUGCUUCUCAACGCUAACACAGUCGCCUCAAUGUCGUGCGUGCUCGGCACGUUCUGAUGCAGUUAAAAAAAAAUACACGCGAGGGGACAGUUGGUGUAGUUUGGCAACGUAGCCUGGGGCCAAAGUAGACGAAGCCUGGAGAGAUGAGGGCGCUCCUCCUUGUAGCCCUUGUUCGUCCCUCCAUUACAAAAAUGUUCGGCUCUCUCUCUCCCUCGCUUUCGUUCAUCUGUACAGAUUGUCAGUUUGUGCAUGUGUUACAUAUAUGUUCUGUGUGUUUGUGUGUGUGUACAUAGAUAAGCUACGCUUUUUAGUGAGAUUUGGGGAGCUUGCUCGUUCCCUCCCUUCGCGCAGUUUAGGGAGCGGGGCGUGAAGGUGCACCCAGCACUACUGUUGAGAUGAAAAAAAAACUGAGAAAAAUAAAAAAAAAUACAGCCCGUUGUCGCGCUUUCUUCGCAGGGUGAGGCUUGGAGGGAUGGGUGCCAGAGUUGCCAUGUGCAUUUUUUUUUUUUUCCGGGGGCCAUCGCGGAUGACGUGUUCCCCCCCGUCCUGAGAGCUUUUUGUAGAAAAUGCAAUGACUAAAGAACUAAAAAGAAAAAAAAGCCGUGCCUUGACCGAACAAGGUGCGGAACCAAAAAAAGAAAGAGAGAAACGACAUAUAUAUAUAUAUAUAUAUUAUAUGGACUUUGGACAGGUGCACUCGCUUCGUGCAAGUUGUUCACUCGUUUUUGGGGGGCGGGGUCUACAUCGUGGGAGACCUAACCUUAGCAGGGGGCGGACCUGUCGCUUUCCAGAGCCAAGUGCAUUAGUGGUGGAAUCUCUCUUGCGGCAUCGCGUUGUGCACGGGUGCUUUUGGGGUUUUUCCUUGAUUGGUGGCGGAGGCUCACGUGCGCCAACCUUGUCUCGUGUGCGUUUGUGUGAGUGUAUAGUGUUAACACUUAUCAAGUCUCUUGUCAAUGCGGGACACGGGCAGCGGAAGAAUACCUUAAAGAAGACAAGCACCUAAUACUCUAGUGUAUGAAAAAAAUAUAUAUAUAUUAAGUAAGAGUCCACCGGCACAGCUGCGCGGGAUCUGCUCAAAGGAAAAUAGGCGGGCACUCGGGUGCGGAGGGUGCGCGCCGUCGCAUCGUUCCCUGUCUCGCCCGACCAGCCUUGCUUGCCCCCACCCGCGAAGCCGCCAAGGGAUUGUUUCUCGGACGGGGGCAAUGAUUAGUCACUUCUGCCUAGUGAGCAGUCAAAGUACGAGGGAGGCUCGCCACCUCCCCCCUCGACAAAGAUGUUUCCGGGUUCUUGCAAGCCCUUCUCAGUUGUGUACAAAGUUGUCUGGGGAAAAGGAGGGAAGGGGGUUGCACCGUCGCAAGUGUCGUCUCGCGGCAGCUAGCAUCAAUUCCAGGCAAGACGCGUGCUGGCAUUUUAGGGCAGGGGGUUCUGGUGGGGUGGGCUGGGGUGCGGUUUGCAUUUGCAGGUGUGUGUACAAGUAUUGAGUGUUCUGGUGGGGGAGGCAGCAUUACAACAAUGGCGGUUGUUUUCCAAACUGGUCUCAGUAGUAGCAGCGGCACGGCCGUCUUGGAGAGGUUUGCUCUCAACCUUGAGAGCGAUGAAAUGAGAUUAUGUGGGAUGAUUUUGAUGGUGGUGGUGGGGGGAGGGGAGGCUAAGGGGGGUGCUGGUGCUCGUUUCCCCCCUUGUGCCGGCCUGUGGGGGAGGGGGUUGUGUGUGUGUGUAGUGUGCUUGUACAUAGUUAGGGGCGUCCACUUCCUACACUACUUUGUUGUUUGGGGAAAAUCUCCUCCAUGCCAAAGCUUGGUGCUUCCCAUGCCGGGGCGCUCUGAAUUGCAUUCCAUUUUCUAGCCGCACAGGUCAGGUGUUCCUCCAAGAGGGGCUGGUUGGGGAUCCUGUGUAAAUGGGGGACAAGGGUUUGGGACGUUGCAUUGCGCGUGUCCGUAGCAUUGCGUUGGGCACGGAAUGAUGCAGGCACGGCAGCGUGGUUGUUGACACACUGUUGCAGGUUCGUGCUAGGGGCAGUGGGGCGGCAAGGGGGGGGUGCGUGUGCUUGCAGAAUAGAACACAGCUGGGGAUGCAUGCGCAUAUGCAAUCUGGCGUUAGUCUCUCCAGUUGCAAAGCCCGAAUUUGAGUUGCCGAAAUGCCGCGAGGACAACAAUUGUUUUUUCUGUGCCUUAAAUGUGGUGGGUGGAAAAAAAAAUGUUUCCAUGGGGAAAUGCAAGGCCCGUUCUUCUGCUGCCAGGGUUGGUCAGGGCUAAGUGCAUGUCUGGUUCGCCUUUCCCGCCAGCAGAAACGGGAGGGAACAACGGUAUGACCAUCGGCGACGGUCUUGUUCGUACUUCCCAAGUGGUUCCAAUGACGACACAUUGCCUCUCUGCACGGGUUGAGAUGUUUUGUCCGUUUUUAAGUUGAUCCAUUACUGCCGACCUCCAUUGCCCCCUUUUCCUGUGGUCGAGAGGCCGUGGCCUCCCUGGCACAGUUUUUAACCUACCGGCGCGCGCAGCCACGUUGGGGCCGGGGAAAGGCCAGGGGUGCACACUCAAUGUGAUCUUUCAGAUGCCCGCAAGGUUUCUCUUGUGCCACUCAGCUUUUGCAUGUGCGUGUGUGGGUUUGUGUGUGUCGUGUCAUGCUAGUUCCCCCAAAUUUCAAAAGAAUUCUCGUCACAGCUAGCUUUAUAUAUCCAAAUUUGUAUUCUUAUUUCGCGUUUAUCACAGAUAUUCUGCCGCAGGGGUAUUCCCGCACCUAGUGCCAUCCUAAAGAGAUCCUUUUUUUUUUUUUUGUGCGUGUGUAGCUUUCGAGUAAAACAAAUUGUUUUUUUUUUUUUUUUCUCUCCUUGUCAUAUUGUGAUGUUGCCGUGGCUGUGAGGGCCGUCCAGUCGCCCUCGGCCCUAGUUUUGUGUGGAGCAGGUGCUUCACACUCCAAACUUACCUGCGGCUUCACUUCGUCUCUUUUUUUUUUUUACUCGUAUGGUGCUGGAAAGAUAACUCACAGAAGAACAAAUAGAACAAUGUGUGUGUAUAGCUUUAAGAAUUAAAAAAAAAAUCAAUACCAAUACACAGUGGCAGCAAUCACGUGUAAACGGACACAGUUCCACCUGUAGAAUUGCUCGAAAGCUCACGUUUUUGAACUGCUACCCGUUCUCCUACUCCACCUGUGCAAGCUGGUUUCGGGGAGGGGUAAUGGGGGUGGGGUGGAGUCAUAUCGAGACCGCGUGUAUAGACUUUCUGGUCGAUUUGCCGCCAUGCAUGGUACUACUGCCAAGCCAAGCCCAUUAGUCAUUCAGUGUCGUACACGUCUUGGCUGCUCAGCGGUCUGGUCGUCGUUGUUGCUCGAAUUGUUGAAAGUGCUUGUGCGGGCUCUUCAAGUUGGGAGAGCACAAUCAUGACUUUUUGGCCAAGGCGGGUUGUUUCCUCUAAUGGGCUUUCCAAAGUGGAACAAUUAGUUUGUAGCAGCUGACCAGUGGGGGCGGGCUGCUUCGGUGACAAGCAUUUAUUAUAAAAAAGCCGAAGGUACUCAAACAUUGUAGCUUGUGGCAGGGUUGUGUGUGUCUGGUCGUCACAGGUCAUUCUCCUUUUUGUUCUUCCUCUCCAAGUUUGUUCGCCUGCAAUCGACGUAGCUGAUAUUUAGGCAUUGUGACUUGGUGGUGGUUGGCCCGAAGUGUGUCUUUCUCCCUCAAAACGACAAGCCAAAAGAAAAGUUAAAAUCUCAAGACUACCUCCUCCUCGCCUGGGAGAAGUUGUUAGUUCUGCCGCCAUGUGCGUCUUUUGCCGAUGUACACCGUAUACCUGAUCAAUAAUCAUUGUAUUGUCCCGUUAUCCGCGGGACAGGUUCAAGCAAAGCUCACUUCAUUUGUGGCCUGAAUCUUGCAGAAAAAAAAAUAAUAAUGACUAUUUAAUGUUAUUUCUCCCGCGUGCUAUGUGUUGGUUGUUCCCCCUCCCUCCCCCAACCUGCUCACGCGCGUCUUAUGUUGGGGCAAGAACCUUUCCCCCCUGUAGGGAUUCGUCCAUCAGCUUCUUCCACGUGUGUUCAGGAGUGUUGUUUAUGUGCCGAUUUUAGUUGCUCUGUGGGCCAUUACCACAGGAAAUUUUUACCAGUGUUGGGGUCGUAGGGGUUUGGGUCGCGUGCCACGGGGUUGGUCCUUGCAAAACUGUUGUACCAUCACACCACGUGCAUUUCUUUUAUGUUCAAAUGACCUCUCGUGACACAUUAUUAGGUACCUGCUUGGGUAAAACUUUUGAGGAGGAGAAAACAGGCUUGGCAACCUCUAUUUUUUAAUGACGCUUAACUAGGUCAACAUUUAAGAGUGGUGUCCUCUGUCAAUGCUUUGGAGGCAGGGUCAGAGUCUCUCGCCAUCGAUUCCACACAAACAUGGCAUGCCUGUGCAAGUCAUUUUUUUUCUCACUACCCCCCCCCCCCCCCUUGCAUGGCCAUGUUUUUACAGCCCGGUGGCUUAGAGUGACUUGCCCGUUGUUUUUACUCCCAAACACAGGCGAAAAAGAAAAGCACUAUCUCUUCCAAAAGUGUGAAAUGUUUUAACUGCUGUCGCGUUCUGGCAUGCCUCGGGGCUUUCUCGCAAGCAGCCAUUGUGAAAGAGCACAUUUGUCAUUAGUAUUCCAGUGGCAAAUCACAAAGCAGAAAAUGAACAAAAGAAAACAAAAGGAAGUUUUGUGUGUAAGUGCGUGCACGCCUUUGCAAGCAUGUCGGCACUCCCGGGGCAGCUGGCUAUGGUUUUGAAUAGGGGUGGAGGGGGCAUGGGGGGGGGGGGUCACAUUUAUGGGAGCUUUAUGUAGGUUGAGGAUUGCACGUCAGCCACAACAAUGGUGCAGGCAUGGGUGGUGUUAUUAGGUGAGGAGGGGGGGGAAGCCGGGGGUCAAUGUGGGGCUUGGGGGUGGGGGGUGCAGAGACUAUGCCAGGUUUGGCAACAAGGCAGCAGUGGACGAUGAUCUCAAAGUAACUAGCCACUACACUAACCGCUGUGUGGCACCCCCUCUCCCCAUUUCUCUCACCUGUGCGACCCCCCCCACCUCUUGCCAUUCCCUGAAAGACAAUCAGGGCAAGCGCUGCUCGCUCUCUAGCUCGUCUUGAGUAGCGUUAGUUGCCGACACAACGCAUGCCCCAUCUCCCCACCCCUCCCCCCUGCAUCACUGAUCACCCCCGUGCCAAAGCAGCAGCAGCAGCAGCAGCCAGGAGAGAAUGCCUAGUCAGAAAGCGGCUCCCUCUGCAGCAGCAGUAAGCACUACUUGACGUAGGGCAGCAAAGCAAGCGCUUGGACCAUGUGCCUUUGCCACAGCUGUAUCACACACCCCCACCCCCCCAACUUUGUGACCCCUUCCUCCUGCAUCUCUUACUUAAUGCAAAACUUCGUGUCAUCGCCGAUCACAAGGCAGGCGUGGUUUGGUGGGGUCGGGAGGUGGAACACGGAAGUAUAGUCCAGGGAAUGAACGCUGCGUCUGCCACGACGACGUCUUGCCACCGCCGUGAGAGCAUGUGCUGUGUUAGGGGAAAAUUGGGUGCGGGAUGCGCGAGCUUUGGGCGGAGUGCGUGGUUGGUACCUCGCUCACUACUUUCUUCGUUCCCUCGCACUGUCCACUGUAACUGCGUCUCGGUGGUGGUUGGUGGCUAUGUUUGAGGGUGGUUUGGGGAAACCCCUCGUGGCAAACAAGGAACUUGUGUGUGAGGGGGGCUUUCCUCUGGCAGUGAACACAAUAUUGUCUGACGAUGAGGGAGGGAAGAAAUACACUUGUUGCCAAUGUGAUUUUUGUUGGUGAGAUAUGUGCACAGCAAUUGUUACUAUGAACUAGUAUUCCUAUUAAUCGCUCGUAUAUAUUUUUUUCUUGCGCGCAUGGCGCAUGAGUGUAUAACGUGUACGUCCAGGAUAAAGGAGGGUGUGUUUGUGUACAUGUCUCAAAUCUAUGUGUGUCAUAUGCACGUCGGCACAUCAUUAUUAUCUAAACGUGAACACAUGUUGGAAAAAGGAUUUUUUGUUCUUCUAUGUAUUCCCCCCCCCCUUUUUUUUGAUGUCUCAGGGUUUCCAAAGAUGUGAUGAUUUCGACAUACUUGCGUGUGGUGUUCCUUUGCAAACGUUGCUAUGACCCCCCCCCCCUUUCUUUUUCCUGGUCAGCUAAAGAGUUUUGUUUUUAAGUUAUUGUGUUGCUCGCGCUCUCCCUGUGCCCGUCACUCUUGUGUUAUGCCAUUGUUGCUGCCGCUGCCAGACCGCGAGUGGCAGGGGAGGACGUGUGUCCUUCCCAACAACGGUGGUAGCCAGCUGAAGAAACUGUUGUGCGCGAUCAAUGUUUCCGACAGUCCGCCCAACCUGCGGCACUUGCAAAGAGGGGCUGCUGCUUGCCCGCGGAGACUUGUCUCAGGAUUGUGCACCGCCGCUGCCAUCUUCGCAACGGCAACCACCAUCACAGUGGAACAAAGGAAAAAGAAAAGCGAGUGUCGACGGAAGGGGAAAGAAAGCAUGUCUCCAGGUGUUGCUGCUCUGUGCGUCUGUGUGUGCCGCAUCUUGCUGCCUCUCCAAGUGGGGAAAAAAAAAACGAACCUACUUCAUUCCGAGACUCUCUUAGUGGGUGGCGUGUGCUACGAGCAGCUGCUUGCUCGGUACAUGCAUCUGCUCGCGCUGGGUGCAAUUUCGACUGGGGGCGCGCGAGUUUUAAGAAGAGCACUUAUUGUGUUUCAUAUUGUUUGUCCUUUCCGCGCACCCGUGCAUAUGUGUGUGUUUUUCAUUUUGUCGUGUUGAUGAGAAUUUAACGGGAGGGCUUGCCUCCUUGGCAGCUCUCUACUUGCUCCAGUCCCCGAAUGAUGGAAAAAUGAAUAGCAGUGAGGUGCCCCAGUCUCCAAGGCCCCCCCCAGGCACCUCGUAGCAGAGGUAGGAGGCUCACUCGGGCGUCAACGACAGAUUGGCGCAUGUGUGGUGCACGCAAUUUUUUCCUUUCUUUCGGGGCAUUUGUUUUUUUGUUUUUUUUUCUUCCAUCUCUUUGUAUUUGGUGUGUGCGUCCAGGAAGUUUAGUUUUAUAGCAACGAUAUGAAAGAGCACUGGUUGCUUAUGGUCCCAAGCACAGAGCUGACAUAUUAAUGAGUGUUGUGUCGCACAUGCCGAGGGAAGGGGGUGGGGGAGGGGUUCUCUGUUCAGAAUCCCAGCCAAUACAAUGCAACUGGUGACUGGGAAGCCGCAUCUGCCACAGAACAUUGUGGGGACGAAGUCAUUUGUGGGAUGGUAUGUUUUGUCGAGGCUAACGGGAGACGUCUGGUAGUUUUUAACAAGAUGCUAAAGGAUGUUGCGGUUGCCCCUCUGAUGUGCAACGUGCCCUUCAACGCAUGCAACUGUACCGCAGUACCAUUUGCAACUACUAAUGCAGCAAAGAAAAAAAAAAAAAAAGCAAAGGGUGGCAUUCUAUCCAAAAGAGUGUGACAGCAGCCAACACAUUUUGAUUGAUAUUGAUGCACUUAGUGAAGAUAUUUUAAUCUCAGGUUGUGUUUAUCUGCCUCUUCCCCCUUGCAGUGUGUUGUGUUAAUAUUUUUUGCCUGACAAUGUUCUUCCACACGGUGUUGCGAGGUGUGGGUUGAACCUUCCGAUUUUGUUCAACUCAGAAGGGCACAGCCCCCUUCACCUUUUAUUUCUUGCAUCCCCUCCCCCUUCCCUCAAUUUUAACUGAUUGCAAUUGUGACAUUUGUGUUUUUUAGAUGACAUGUGAAAGAAAAAAAACUAUCUCACUAUGGUGACAAAAGUGUGCAUUUCCAAGUUUAUGCCUUUUUUUUCUUGCUCCUUGUGUUUUUGCUCUUUUUUUGUUGUGUUUACAUGUACAUUUGUUUCUCUAGAUUAAGUAUAACAAUAAUGCAUUGUUCAAUUUUUAUUACUUGUUGCAACGUUUCCCCCCUUCUUUAUCCCCAUGGGACCGUGCUCUUUAGUGUCCACCAAUACUGUAUAUUAUUACCACUAACUACCACUGUUGUCGAGGUGUGUGUGUAUUUGAGGAAAAAAAAAGUGACAAGGAAGCAACAACAACAAAAAAAAAAGCGUGCGACACUUGACAAACCAAGGGUACAUAUAGAUAUUUAAGGACACGGCACCGCGGGGAACCCAACAUGUGAUUCAGACUGCUAGUUCAAAACCCAAGCCCCUCGCUUUGUCUGGGGGGGCUCCGUGUUCGACGUGGAAGAACUUGCUUAUUCAGGGGCCUUCUCACACCAAACACACACACACACGAAAGUUGUAGAUGGUUUUAUUAUAUAUACAUAUUAUAUAUGCGCGGAGAAUGAUGCUGGCCGUACUUGGACGACGACAAAGAUACUGAAAAAAAAAAACCUUGUGAUGUGUUGAUGAAUUUAUUGUAUUGUAAUAGCAGUCAACUUUCAGGCAUUAAAGGUUUGUGUAAUAUGUGCC